AUGUUACGUUCCUCAUUGUCUUCUCAAAGACGUCACAUCUCUCGCUCAGGACGUAAUGCUUUAAGAGCCGCUGCUGCUUCUGGUGUUUCAAAUGGUGCUUCACCUGCUCAUAUUAACGUUCCAAGAUCAACAAGUGCCGGUAUCACUGGUGCUUAUAAUCAAUCUUGUCAAGGUCAAUUAUGUCGUUCUUAUUCAACAAGAUCCACUGUGAUUCAAUUGUUAAAUAACAUUGGGUCUAAAAGAGAAGUUGAACAAUAUUUAAAAUAUUUCACUUCUGUAUCAUCUCAACAAUUUGCUGUUAUUAAAGUUGGUGGUGCUAUUAUUACUCAACAUUUACCUGAACUGGCUUCAUGUUUAGCCUUUUUAUACCAUGUUGGUCUUUAUCCAAUCGUGUUACAUGGUACAGGUCCUCAAAUUAAUGAAUUAUUAGAAGCUGAAGGUGUUGAACCUGCUUAUGAAGAUGGUAUUAGAAUUACUGAUGAAAAAACAAUGAGUGUUGUUAGAAAAUGUUUUUUGGAACAAAAUUUAAAAUUAGUUACCGCUUUAGAAAAAAUGGGUGUUCAUGCAAGACCAAUUACUGCUGGUGUUUUCACUGCUCAGUAUCUUGACCAGGAUAAAUAUAAAUUAGUUGGUAAAAUUAAUGGUGUUAAUAAAUCACCAAUUGAAGCUUCUAUCGCGGCAGGUGCUUUACCAAUCCUUACAUCAUUAGCUGAAACUCCAUCAGGUCAAAUCUUAAAUGUUAAUGCUGAUGUUGCAGCUGGUGAAUUAGCUCGUGUUUUUGAACCUUUAAAAAUUGUUUAUUUAAAUGAAAAAGGUGGUAUUAUUAAUGGUAAUACAGGUGAAAAAAUCUCUGCAAUUAAUUUAGAUGAAGAAUAUGAAGAUUUAUUAAAAGAAUCUUGGGUUAAAUAUGGUACUAAAUUGAAAAUUAAAGAAAUUAGAGAUUUAUUAAUGCAUUUACCAAGAUCUUCAUCUGUUGCUAUUAUUAAUGUUAAUGAUUUACAAAAAGAAUUAUUUACUGAUUCUGGUGCUGGUACUUUAAUUAGAAGAGGUUAUCGUUUAUUAACAAGAUCUUCAUUAAAUGAAUUUUCUGAACCUGAAUUAUUAAGAAAAGCUUUACAAAGAGAUUCUGAAAUUUCUGCAGGCAAAUUAUCUGUUGCUUCAUAUUUAAGAGAAUUAGAAAAUUCUUCAUUUAAAUCUUAUGGUGAUGAACCUUUAGAAGUUUUAGCUAUUGUUAAAGAUGGUGUUGAAUCAAGUGCUAAUGUUCCAAUUUUGGAUAAAUUCUUAGCUUCAAAAGCUGGUUGGUUAAAUAACGUUAGUGAUAAUAUUUUCCAUGCUAUUAGACGUGAUUAUAAUUCAUUACAAUGGGUUGUUAGAGAAGAUGAUCCAAAUACUAAUUGGUAUUUUUCAAAAUCUGAUGGGUCAUACACCAAAAAUGGUCGUAUUUUAUUUUGGUUUGGUGUUGAUUCUCCAGAACAUGUUAGUCAAUUAAUUAAUAAAUUUGAACAAAAGUUCGCUCAUGUUAAAUCAAAUGGUAAUAAUGAAUCUGGUGUUUUUGCUGGUCAACAAUCAAGAUCUUUCUCAUCAAUGAGAUCUAUUCCAAGAACUCAACAACAACAACAAUCUCAAAGAUUUAACACAUUUGUUCAACCAACAACAACUAAACAAUUUGGUGUUAGAACUUUUGCCACUGAAACUAAUCCAAACCCACCAAGAUUUGAAGGUACAAACACUUCAAAAUCAAGAGUUGCAUUAAUUGGUGCAAGAGGUUAUACAGGACAAAAUUUAAUUUCAAUGAUUAACACACAUCCUUAUUUAGAAUUAACUCAUGUUUCUUCACGUGAAUUACAAGGUAAAAAAUUAGAAGGUUAUACAAAAUCUGAAAUUAUUUAUGAAAAUUUACAAGUUGAAGAUAUCAAGAGAAUGGAAGAACGUAAUGAAAUUGAUGUUUGGGUUAUGGCUUUACCAAAUGGUGUUUGUAAACCAUUUGUUGAUGCUAUUGAAAGUGCAAAGGGUAAUCAAACUUCUAAAAUUAUUGAUUUAUCUGCAGAUUAUAGAUUUGAUACAACUGGUGAAUGGACUUAUGGAUUACCUGAAUUAGGAUCAAGAGAACAAAUUGCCAAUGCAAGAAAAAUUUCUAAUCCAGGUUGUUAUGCUACCGCGGCACAAAUUGCAAUUAAACCAUUAUUAGAAUAUAUUGGUGGAGUUCCUUCAAUUUUUGGUAUUUCUGGUUAUUCAGGUGCAGGUACAAAACCAUCACCAAAAAAUGAUGUAAACAAUUUAAAUAAUAAUUUGAUUCCAUAUUCAUUAACUGAUCAUAUUCAUGAACGUGAAAUUUCAUCACAAUUAGGUCAAGAAGUUGCAUUUUCUCCACAUGUUGCUCAAUGGUUCCAAGGUAUUACACAUACUAUUAAUAUUCCAUUAAAUCAACCAUUAACUGCAAGAGAUAUUAGAAAUAUUUAUCAAGAUCGUUAUCAAGGUGAACAAUUAGUCUCUGUUAGUGGUGAAGCUCCAUUAGUUCGUGAUAUUAGUGGUCAUCAUGGUGUUGUUGUUGGUGCUUUUGCAGUUAAUGCUAAACAAAAUAGAGUUGUUGUUGUUGCUACUAUUGAUAAUUUAUUAAAAGGUGCUGCUACUCAAUGUUUACAAAAUAUUAAUUUAGCAUUAAAAUAUGGUGAAUAUGAAGGUAUUCCUGAUGAUUUAAUCAUUCGUGGUUAA